AUGCUUGAAGAAUUUGACAGCAGCAAGGAGAGCAUUCUGGUCUACAAGAACUGCCUGUGCAAAGGCAGGGAGGUGGGGAAGAACAUGACCAUGCAACUUCAUCUCUCCCAGGCUCAGAGUUCCUUCCUGCAGCAUGACUUUGGACACCUUUCAAUAUUUAAGAAGUCCAAGUGGAACCACCUGAUGCACAAAUUUGUGAUGUGUCAUCUCAAGGGCCUGUCAACAAACUGGUGGAAUCAUCGACACUUCCAACAUCAUGUCAAACCUAACAUCUACCCCAAAGACCCGGAUAUUGAUGUGGGUCCACUGUUUCUGGUUGGAGAUUUACAACCUGUCAGGUAUGGCAAGAAGAAAAUCAAAUACAUUGACUAUGAGAAGCAGCACCUAUACUUCUACAUGGUUGGACUUCCCCUCCUCAUGCCUAUAUAUUUCAACCUACAAUCCAUGCAAGAGAUGUACCUCCGACGGUAUUGGGCAGACAUUGCUUGGGUCAGCAGUUUUUACAUCCGCCAUUUCAUCACAUAUGGCCCUUUCUAUGGAAUCUUUGGAACUAUUGUGCUCAUAUUUUUGGUCAAGGUUCUUGAAAGUCCCUGGAUUGCAUAUGUUACCCAGAUGAGUCACAUACCAAUGAAAAUGAGCAGAGAGCAGAACCUGGACUGGCUCAGCACUCAGGUCUUGGGCACUUGCAAUGUUGAACAGUCCUUUUUCAACGACUGGUUCACGGGACACCUGAACUUCCAAAUAGAGCAUCAUCUGUUCCCCACAAUGCCACGCCAUAAUUAUCACAGGGUGGCGCCUUUGGUGAGGUCACUGUGUGCCAAGCACGGACUGCAGUACGUGAACAAGCCCAUGUUGAAGGCAUUUGGAGAUAUUGCCAGGUAAUUACAGU